AUGAGCUUUUACACAUCGAAAACAUCCUCCGGAGGAAACUUGCAUAAAGCCGGGCGUGUACGAAGCAAGUUUACGAAACAAGAAGAUAUAAUGCUUAUUAAUCUCGUAAACGAGCUUGGAACUAGAGACUGGGAUGCUAUUGCUAGUAGAAUGCCAAAUCGAAACUCAAGACAAUGUAAAGAAAGAUACUUAAACUAUCUGAGUCCAAACCUUAGCCAUGAUCCAUGGACUCCCGAAGAAGAUUUGCUUUUAGAAACGAAACUCAAAGAAAUUGGUUCUAAAUGGGUAACUAUUUCAAAGUUUUUCAAGAACCGUACUGACACAAUGCUUAAAAACAGAUGGCUAGUUUUAUCUAAGAGAAGCCCUCAUUUGGCCGGUACUAUUUCAAAUAAGAAACAUAAACAGCAGGAAAUGCAAUCACAGACAAUCCCAAUUCAACCUAUUGCCGUUUCACAGCCAAUUACAAACAUUCCUACUAGAAAUCCGUUGCCAUCAUUGUCCAACUUGGUUUCUUUCAAGAAUUUAUCCCAUAUUAUGCCCGUGGAAGCUUUACCCCAAACUUCCUCCCCUUUAGAUUUGUUUGAUAUAGAGCGUUUUACUCAAAUUAUUAAGAAUCGUCCGAUUUCAUUGUAA